AUGGGGGAAGGAGAGGAAAUGGACGAGGCAAUGCGGUCCUUUGCAGAGAAGGUCUUUGCCUCUGAGGUAAAAGAUGAGGAGGUCAGGCAAGAGAUCUCUCCUUUUGAUGUGGAAGAGGUCUGCCCCAUCUCACGCCAGGAAAUGAGACUGCACAUGAUGCUUCAGGAGAGCUCUGCCCCAAUAGAAAAGCGAAAGAAGCGCCUGCUCCGCAUGAACACGAUCGCGUUGGCAGUCCCUGUGGCUCAGAAGUCUUUAACCAGAUUGUCCACUAUUGAUGAGGUCAUCUCUACCACCCCCCUGUACCAAACUGUGCCUGACUUCCAGCGGGUACAGAUCACAGGGGAUUAUGCGUCUGGGGUGACAGUUGAAGAUUUUGAAGUUGUCUGCAAAGGCCUGUACCGUGCCCUGUGCAUCCGGGAAAAAUACAUGCAGCAGUCUCUGCAGAGGUUCCCCACGACCCCAUCUCAAUACCUGCGUAGUAUCGAAGGCGAGGUCUGGAGGCCGAUGUUCACCCCACCAGUGAAGGAUGGACAGGAUCCCUUUGAAUCUGCGAGUCUCCCUGAGGACCUGGGAUACCAUGUCCAGAUGAAGGAUGGGGUGGUUUACAUCUACAGAGACAAGGCAGCAGUUGGCAGAAAUGAGCCAAAGGACCUGCCCUACCCCAGCCUUGAGACCUUUGUUGACGACAUGAACUUCCUCUUGGCCCUGAUUGCAAAGGGACCUCUUAAGACCUAUGCUCAUCGGCGCCUGAGUUUCCUCCAAUCCAAGUUCCAAGUGCAUCAAAUGUUAAAUGAGAUGGAGGAGAUGAAAGAGCUGAAGAACAACCCCCACCGGGACUUCUACAACUGCCGGAAGGUGGACACACACAUCCAUGCUGCAGCCUGCAUGAACCAGAAGCAUCUUCUGCGUUUCAUCAAGAAAUCGUACUUCAUGGAUGCUGAUCGUGUAGUUUAUGAUGCUAAGGACAAACAGCUCACCCUGAAACAGCUUUUCCAGCAGCUCAAUCUGCACCCCUAUGACCUGACAGUGGAUUCCCUGGAUGUCCAUGCUGGGCGGCAGACGUUUCACCGCUUUGACAAGUUCAAUGCCAAGUACAACCCCGUGGGUGCCAGUGAGCUACGUGACCUCUAUCUGAAGACAGAGAAUGCUAUCGAUGGCGAGUACUUUGCUACCAUCAUCAAGGAGGUUGGCUCUGAUCUAGAGGAUGCCAAGUACCAGCAUGCGGAGCCUCGCCUCUCAAUCUAUGGGCGAUCCCCUGAGGAGUGGCCCAAGUUAGCCAGCUGGUUCAACAAACACAGGGUCUAUUCACCCAACAUGAAGUGGAUGAUCCAAGUACCCAGGAUUUAUGAUGUAUUCAGGUCUAAGAAUUUUCUCCCACACUUUGGGAAGAUGUUGGAAAAUAUCUUUGUUCCUGUGUUUGAGGCAACUGUCAAUCCUCAAGCCCACAAAGAGCUGAGCGUAUUUCUACGCCAUAUCACUGGCUUCGACAGUGUGGAUGAUGAAUCCAAGCAUAGCGGACACAUGUUCUGCGUCAAGAGCCCAAAGCCAGAGCAGUGGACUUCUGAAAAGAACCCAUCUUACACCUACUAUUUAUACUAUAUGUAUGCCAACAUCCUGGUGCUUAACAACCUGCGCAGGCAGCGUGGUAUGAACACGUUCCUCUUUCGUCCACACUGUGGGGAAGCUGGGGCCAUCACACAUAUACUUACAGCCUUCAUGACAGCGGAUAAUAUCUCCCAUGGCCUCAACCUCAAGAAGACCCCGGUGUUGCAGUACCUGUACUUCCUUGCCCAAAUUCCCAUUGCUAUGUCCCCACUUAGCAACAACAGCCUCUUCCUGGAGUAUGCAAAGAAUCCGUUGCUUGACUUCCACCAGAAGGGCCUCAUGGUGUCCCUUUCUACAGACGACCCCAUGCAGUUUCAUUACACCAAG